CACAGGACAAGGUGAGUUCUAUUCUAGAAUACUCAUGAAAGCUUCCUGAAUGACUUUGUACAAUUCACCAGGAAAAGGUGAGUAUUACUCCUGGCAUACAGACGACACUUGGUUGAGUGAUGCUGGGCCAAUAAACAACAGAUUUUUAUUUCUUCUCCUGCAGUAUGGAUAAUAGGUCCUUCUACUAUGGUAAGCAUGACUGGAAGAUGCGUCACCAAGUAAAUCAACAAGGGAAGGUGAGUUUUAUUCCAGAAUACUGAGGAAACAUGCCUGAAUGACUUUGUACAAUCACAAGGAAAAGGUGAGUUUUACUCCUGGGGAUGGAUGAUAGUUGGUUGAGUGAUGCUGAGUCAUUAAACAACAGAUUUUUAUUUCUACUCCUAAAGUAUGGAUAACAGGUUCUCCUGCUACGGUAAGCAGGACUGGAAGAUGUGUGAUCAAGUAAAUCAACAGGAGAAGCUGAGUUCUAUUCUAGAAUACUCAUGAAAGCUGCCUGAAUGACUUUGUAAAAUUCACAUUGAAAGGGUGAGUAUUAAUCCUGGGGUACAGACAACAUUUGGUUGAGUACCUUGCCCAAUAACCAAGAAACUUCUAUUUUUAUUCCUGCAGAAGGAAUAAUAGGUUCUCCAGCAUGCUGCUUGGAGUAUCCAAAUGUUGGGUUGUUCCUCAGCUUGAUUGCCAGACUGGGUGAAUGUUUCUUUAAGAAACAUCCUUGGCCACUCCUCCUUCGCUCGGCUGAGCUCCAGUUUAUUCACUCAGUCGAGCGAGAGACUGGUUUUUUCCUUGGCUCUGGCAAUUCAGGCUGAAGAAUAAUCUUCUUUGGAUUUUUACAAGCACCUUUGCUGUUUUUCGUCUAAAACUGUCCCUCAGAGCGGUGUGGAUUGUGGUUUCAAGUGAAUCAGCUGUUUGUCGGUUCGGCGCUAAUUACCAGGACUGCUGGCGGUGGGUGAGUUGCCCUGGGUCUCCAGGCAGGCUUCCCCCCCCUCACUUCUGAGUAUCCUCGGAGCUAUACCUGUUGAGGCACCUCCGAGUGAAUUUCUCUGCCGCCGCCAGAUGCGUUGGUUUCCGGAAAGCCGGCUACACCAUCCCCGCCUUCCACACCGCUCCUACGAUCUUUGGGCAGCCAGGAGUCCCUGCUUAAUACAAAAAAAUGGCAAACUCCUUCUGUGAUGGCUUCGUGGCACCGAUUGGGCUCUUCCAGCCGAGCACGCCUUUCUAAUUGAGCUCCCUCACUCUGCAGAGGCGCUGGGGGGCAAAAUAUGAGCCGCGCACCAUUUUGCCUUCUUCUUCGUCGCCACCAUUUCCUCAGAAACUGUGCUAGUGGCGGCAGAUAGCGCAAAUAUGUUCACGUUGCCCUUUUGCCUGCUGGAUUACAGAGUUGGUGAGGAGCCUGUGUGAAGUGGCUUACUGAGGUGUUCUGACACCUGUUGGCCAUUAUUUCUUGCUGUUUGUGAGCUGUAUCCACCUGGACUGACUUCACGGCUCCAUUGAUUGUUAGGUCCUGUGGCCUAUUUGCCUUUCCUUGUCGUUGCUGUUUUCUUGUUUUGAAAAAAAAAAAAUUAAUUAUUUAAUCAAUUUACUAUUAUUCAAUUCUGUCAACUUACCUCGGAUCACCUUGUUCUAAUGGCGGAGUCGGAUCUGUCCUCUGAUAUUGACCAUUCCUAUAGUCCACCUGAGGUUAAAAAACGCUCCAAGGCUCCUGCCAAAUCUGCCAAACAUCGAACUGUUUGUGCACAUUUGGCUAGUCCUAACCCUACCACGUGCACUGCAGCAGCUGACAAGGCUGAGGAGAAAAAACGCAAGGCCUCUGAAAAACAAUAUCUUCUCGCCCAGCAGAGGGCCCAGUCUUCUACCCACCAGAUGUCUCCUGACAAGAUUUCUCCAGUACCUCAGGACCUUCCUGCUGCCACCCACUGUCCAACAGAAGUUGAACUCCUCUGGGAGGCCAUCUUUCCUCCUGCUUCCUCAGGGCCCAGUGCUCAGGCUUCUCAUCAUCGGGGUCAAUCCGUCCAGAGGCUACUUUCACCCUGGCCACUGCUGGUCUCUGUCCUUCUGAGGGGCUUCAACCAGCGUUAUCUAGAGAUAUCCAAGAACUUGUGUCUCAGACAAUGUCUAGAAUCUUGACUUCAGCUCCUCACCAGGGAUUUCAGGGUCCUUCCAUGCCAGCUUCGCAUCCACCAUUGUCUCAGGCGUAUGGCGAUCUGCCCCGAGGAUAUUCAUAUCACACUGAAUCUCUUCUUGCCGAUGAUUCAGUCUGGGAUGAGGAGGAACCUGAAGAGAUGGAGUUGUCUGAGGACGAGGACCUUGCUCCUGAGAGACCUUCCUUCACGGGCCUCUUCCGCCCGUCCAUGUUCAAGUCCUUGCUCCACAAGGCUAAGAUCACCACAAAUAUGGGAGUGUCGAGCACACAGCCAUCUCAACAGGCGGAUUCUCAUCCCCAUGAUGACUUGUUUCAGCUGCACAAGCCGGAACAGGACUUUAUUCCGUGUCCUGAACUGUUCACGGAUGUGGUCCAAAAGUCAUGGUCCCAGCUGGCUUACAUCUCUGCCCCGAAUGGGUUAGAUAAAAAAUUGUAUUGUUUGGACCCUUCCUUGCAAAAUCUGAUCCAGCUGCCUUCUGUGGAUGGCCAUGUGGCUCAGUUGACGUCCUCUUCCGUCAUUUCUAAUGAUGUGCUUGACAGUCUUAGGACCGAGGACAAGAAGGCUGAACUGUCUUUCCAUAAGACACAUCAAGCUGCUGCCUGGGCCAUCAGGGCAGCAACAUCUACAUCCUUCUUUGCUCGUGCAUCUCUUAUUUGGUUGCGCCAACUGCAGGAGCGCUUACCUCCUGACGACUGCAGGCUCCAUCAGGACAUUAAUAAAAUUGUGGCUGCCACUGAAUAUUCAGCAGACGUAUCCUUGAAUGCGGCCAAAUUUGCUUCAAGAGCCCUCGUUUUGACCGUCACCUCUCGGCGUCUCGUUUGGCUCUGUCAUUGGAGGGCCAAUCUCAAAUCAAAGUGGAAGCUAGCAUCUGCUCCAUACAAGGGUUCCUUUCUCUUUGGUAGAGGCUUUGGACCCAAUACUAAUGGAGGAUAAGGAUAAACGUAAAGUUAUGCCAUCCUCCUUCAGACGACAGGAUAGGAGAUUCACUCCUUACAACCAGAGGCAGCCUUUUCGGACUGAAUGUGGACCCAGUGGGUCCUAUUUUCCUAGACAAUACUCCCAGGGCAGCGAUCGACCCCUCUGAUAGACCGACCUACCGGGAUUGGGGUAGAGGUCAGACCACCGCCAGGCGACAGUUACGUGGAGCCCCCAGAAAAUUGUUCCAAAGGGGCAAGUGACUACCACGCAGAUCUGCCCAUUGGUGAUUGUCUCCUCCAUUUCUUGCCCCAAUGGGUUUCUUCCAUGACGGACGCCUGGGUCCUCCAAACAGUGAAGUUCGGCCUCACAUUGGACUUCCUCUCCAGCCCCCCAAAUUGCUUCCUUCCCUGCCCAGUAUCUGGCAAUCUGGAGAAGAGAGAAUUGAUGGCUGCAGAGAUUCAACAUCUGCUAGACAUCUGCGCUAUCAAACCUGUGCCGGUGGAACAAUGGGGAUCUGGGUUCUACUCGCGCCUUUUUCUCGUGCCAAAGUCUUCCGGGGGCUGGAGGAGGAUUUUAGACGUAAAGGCUCUAAACGAAUUCGUCAAGUAUCACUACUUCAAAAUGCAGUCACUCAAGUCGAUUCUGCAGGGCAUCCGACGGGGAGAUUUUAUGACGUCAAUCGACCUCAAGGAGGCUUACCUGCAUGUCCCAAUUCAUCCAUCCCAUUGACGCUUCCUUCGGUUUGCCUACUCAAACCGACACUUCCAAUAUCGGGCCAUGCCGUUUGGCCUCUCGUCCGCCCCUCGGACCUUCACAAAGCUGCUGGCAACAGUCGCAGCCUCCCUACAGCAGAUCCCAAUCAGAGUUAUGUGCUAUCUGGACGACAUCAUUAUUCUGUCUGCCACACGGGAUCAAGCUGUGGCCGACCUCAGGAUGGUGUUUCCUCUCUUACGACAACAUGGGUUUUCCCUAAACCUAACAAGAGUCAGUUCCUGCCCACCAUUCCCAUUCUCCACCUUGGAGCUGUCAUAGACUCGGUCAGCGGCCAUGUGUUCCUGUCUCCCGAUGGGAUUUGCAGCAUAAGAUCCUUGGUGACUCACGUGUUGUCACUCAGACAUGUUCCCCUGAUCACUUUGUCUCAGUUGCUAGGCAAACUAAUAUCUUGCAUUGCAAUCGUCCCGUGGGCCUGUCUCCACUGUCACCCUCUUCAGUGGUAUCUUCUGCCUUAUCAGAGGUCUCACCGGGUGAGCUCAAAAACCAUGGUGGUCAUCCCGGCAGCAGUCCAUUUGUCUCUGAAGUGGUGGAUCUCCCCAGCCAUAUGGAAUGGCUGUUAUUUCCAGGAACCCAUCUGAAUAACCAUCACAAUGGAUGCGAGCAAGUUCGGCUGGGGUGCACACCUGCGGUCGUCAGUUGCUCAGGGCCGCUGGUCCUCGAGGGACUUACAGCACGACAUAAAUUGGUUAGAGCUGCGGGCAGUCCAUCUCGCCCUGCGCCAUUUCCAGCCCACUGUGAUGGGGCAUCACAUGUUGGUCCUUACGGACAAUACAACAACGAAAGCCCACGUGAACAGGGAAGGCGGAACUCGUUCCAAGUUCCUACUCAACGAGUCAAUGAGGAUGCUGCAUUGGGCGGAGAAGCAUGUUCUGUCACUGACAGCGGAGCACAUAUCCAGCGCAGACAACAUCCAGGCGGACUGGCUCACCCAGACCCAAAUAGAUCAAGCAGGGUGGCGUCUCCAUCUGUCUCCAUCUGUUCUGACACCUGUCGAGGAGGUUUGGUCUCCCAACUGUCUACCGCUGAAUGCUCAGCUGCCCCGCUUCUUCAGUUGAUUCUUCUGUCCCGGAGCGGAAGGUUGCGAUGCACUUCGAAGCGAGUGGCCCCCGGGCCUACUCUAUGCUUUUCCUCCUCUGCCGCUCAUCCCUCAGGUGAUUUGCAAGCUGCUGGCGGAGAAGGCGGACCUCAUCCUAGUCAUUCCCAAUUGGCCGUGUUGGCCCUGGUAUGCAGACCUCUUGAACCUAUCAGUGGAACGCCCCUGGCACAUUCCCAACGACAAGAUACCUCUCAGCCAGGGGGUCAUACUGCACCCAGACCCGCAAUGGUUGCAGUUGACCGUCUGGCGUUUGAGAGGAUCCAUCUGAGGAAGGACAACAUUCCUGUGAGCGUGAUCCACACUAUGCAAUCUGCCAGACGCCCUUCCACAAAUUGUAUCUACGACGCCAACUGGCGCUUGUUUUGUUCCUGGGGUUCCAAGACUCAUCAGGAUCCUAAGACUGCAACUCCCUCGGAUGUUCUAGUAUUUUUGCAGGACGGCUUGGACCGGGGACUGGCUCCUAACACCCUGAGAUAUCAAGUGGCAGCCCUUGGCACUGUUUUGACUGCGGUCGACGAUCAACCUUUGACUCUUCAUCCCUGUAGAUGGACCUUCUUGAGGGGGGGCAUCCAAUCUCUGACCUGCUACUAUUCACCGGUAUCCUACGUGGGACCUAGCAUUGGUCCUUCACACCCUGAUGGCGCCUCUUUUUGAGCCUUUGGCUUCGAUUUACCUAAGGUUUCUGACGCUCAAGGUCGCUUUUCUUGUGGCGAUUACCUUGGCAAGAAGGGUCUCUGAACUGGCAGCAUUGUCAGUGCAAGCUGACCUUUGCAUCUUCCACCCCAACAAGGUGGUGCUCCGAACGGAUCCCUCUUUCCUGCCCAAGGUAAACUCUCCGUAUCACUGGGCCCAGGAAUUGAUUCUGCCUGACUUUUGCCCGGAUCCUAGCCAUCAUCUCGAACAACAAUGGCAUACCUUGGAUAUUAGGAGGGCCCUACAUCGGUAUAUUAAAUGGACAUCAUCCUUCUGUAAGUCUGAAGCCUUAUUUCUGUCCUUCAAUCCAUCUACGUUGGGCAAGAAGGUCUCAUCGUUCACGAUUGGGCAUUGGAUUAAAGCCUGCAUCGCGACGGUGUAUUGCACCCAGAAGAAACCUCUGCCAGGGAGGAUCUUACCACAUUCUACCCAAAGUGCAGCCACUUCAGCUGCUUGGGCUACCCAGGCAUCCAUCCUAGACAUCUGUAGGGCUGCAACAUGGACUUCUUUGACCCCUUUUGUUAGACACUAUAAAAUAGACUCCUUUGCCUCAGCUGAGGCAUCCUUUGGUCGACGUGUGCUGCAGUCAAUUCUGGCUUUCCCCUCCUGGGAUAAUGCAGCCGCCGUCCCGUCAUCGGACUAGCUUGGGUAUAUCCCAACAUUUGGAUUCUCCAAGCAGCGCGCUGGAGAACGGAUGUUGUCUUACCUGAACGUCCCUUCUUGGCGCGCUCCUGGAGAAUCCAACCCAUUGCUUCGGCUGCGUUCUCUAGUUCCAGGUGGUUUGUUUCUCUUCUUGUUUGCUUCACAGCACCGUCCUCUAUUUGCCUUCAUGAAUAAACUGGAGCUCAGCCAAGCGAAGGAGGAGUGGCCAAGGACGUUUCUUAAAGAAACAUUCACCCAGUCUGGCAAUCAAGCUGAGGAACAAGCCAACAUUUGGAUUCUCCAGCAGCACGCCGAGAAGGGACGUUCAGCUAAAAUAAUGUCCGUUCUACUCAAAUGGUAAAGAUGACGGCAGGAUUCGUGACUGAGUAAAUCAACAGCAGAACGUGAGAUUUAUUCUGUAAUACUCAGGAAAGAUUCCUGAAUGACUUUGUACAAUUCACAUUGAAAAGGUGGUAUUAUUCCUGGGGUCCAGAUGACAGUUGAUUGAGUACCUUUGGACCAAAAACCAAAAGGUUUUUAUUUCUAUUCCACCAGUAGGCAUGAUGUGUUCUCAUCAUACUGUAACCAUGACUGGAGGAUUCGUGACGAAGUAAAUCAAAAGGAGAAGGUGAGUUCUAUUCCAGAAUACUCAUGAAAGCUGCCUGAAUGACUUUGGACAAUUCACCAGGAAAAGGUGAGUAUUACUCCUCGGGUACGGACGACAUUUGGUUGAGUGAUGUUGGGCCAAUAACAACAGAUUUUUAUUUCUACUUCUACAGUACGGGUUAUAGAUUCUCCUACUAUGGUAAGCAGCACUGGAGAAUGCGUGACCAAGUAAAUCAACAGGGGAAGGUGAGUUCUAUUCUAGAAUACUCAUGAAAGCUGCCUGAAUGAGUUUGUACAAUUCACCAGGAAAAGGUGAGCAUCACUCCUGGGGUACGGACAACAGUUGAUCAAGUGACUUUGGGUUAAUAACAAAGAGAUUUUAAUUUCUAUUCCUACAGGAGGUAUGACGUGUUCUACUCCUACUGUAAUCAGGACUGGUGGAUUCAUGACCAAGUAAAUCAACAGGGGAAAUUGAGUUGUAUUCUGUAAUAAAAGGGAAAGCUUCCUGAAUGACUUUGUACAAUCACGAGGAAAAGGUUCUCCUGCUACGGUAAGCAGGACUGGAAGAUGUGUCAUCAAGUAAAUCAACAGGAGAAGCAUGGAUAACAGGUUCUCCUACUACGGUAAGCAUGACUGGAAGAUGCGUGACCAAGUAAUGAACAGGAGAAGGUGAGUUCUCUUCUAGAAUACUCAUGAAAGCUGCCUGAAUAAGUUUGUACAAUUCACCAGGAAAAGGUGAGUAUGAAUCCUGGGGUACAGAUGACGGUUGAACGAGUGACUUUGGACUAAUAACAAAGAGAGUUUUAUUUCUAUUCCUAAAGGAGGCAUAAUGUGUUCUACUUCUACUGUAAUCAGGACUGGAGGAUCCGUGACCAAAUAAAUCAACAGGAGAAGAAGGAAUAAUAGGUUCUACUCAAAUAGUAAAGAUGAUGGCAGGAUUCGUGACUGAGUAAAUCAACAGCAGAACGUGAGAUUUAUUCUGUAAUACUCAGGAAAGAUUCCUGAAUGCCUUUUUACAAUUCACAUUGAAAAGUAGGCAUGAUGUGUUCUCCUCAUACUGUAACCAUGAUUGGAGGAUUCGUGACGAAGUAAAUCAAAAGGAGAAGGUGAGUUCUAUUCCACAAUACUGAUGAAAGCUGCCUGAAUGACUUUGGACAAUUCACCAGGAAAAGGUGAGUAUUACUCCUCGGGUACGGACGACAGUCUGUUGAGUGAUGUUGGGCCAAUAAACAACAGAUUUUUAUUUCUACUUCUACAGUAUGGAUGACAGAUUCUCCUACUACCGUAAGCAUGACUGGAAGAUGCAUGACCAAAUAAUGAACAGGAGAAGGAGGCAUGACGUUUUCUACUCCUACUGUAAUCAGGACUGGAGGAUCCGUGACCAAAUAAAUCAACAGGAGAAGCUGAGUUCUAUUCUAGAAUAGUCAUGAAUGCUGCCUGAAUGACUUUGUAAAAUUCACAUUGAAAGGAAGGAAUAAGAGGUUCUACUCAAAUGGUAAAGAUGACGGCAGGAUUCAUGACUGAGUAAAUCAACAGCAAAACGUGAGGUUUAUUCUGUAAUAGCCAGGAAAGAUUCCUGAAUGACUUUGUUACAAUUCACAUUGAAAAGUAGGCAUGAUGUGUUCUCCUCAUACUGUAACCAUGAUUGGAGGAUUCGUGACGAAGUAAAUCAAAAGGAGAAGGUGAGUUCUAUUCCACAAUACUGAUGAAAGCUGCCUGAAUGACUUUGGACAAUUCACCAGGAAAAGGUGAGUAUUACUCCUCGGGUACGGACGACAGUCUGUUGAGUGAUGUUGGGCCAAUAAACAACAGAUUUUUAUUUCUACUUCUACAGUAUGGAUGACAGAUUCUCCUACUACCGUAAGCAUGACUGGAAGAUGCAUGACCAAAUAAUGAACAGGAGAAGGUGAGUUCUAUUCUAGAAUACUCAUGAAAGCUGCCUGAAUGAGUUUGUACAAUUCACCAGGAAAAGGUGAGUAUGAGUCCUGCGGUACAGAUGACGGUUGAACGAGUGACUUUGGACUAAUAACAAAGAUAUUUUAAUUUCUAUUCCUAAAGGAGGCAUGACGUUUUCUACUCCUACUGUAAUCAGGACUGGAGGAUCCGUGACCAAAUAAAUCAACAGGAGAAGCUGAGUUCUAUUCUAGAAUAGUCAUGAAUGCUGCCUGAAUGACUUUGUAAAAUUCACAUUGAAAGGAAGGAAUAAGAGGUUCUACUCAAAUGGUAAAGAUGACGGCAGGAUUCAUGACUGAGUAAAUCAACAGCAAAACGUGAGGUUUAUUCUGUAAUAGCCAGGAAAGAUUCCUGAAUGACUUUGUACAAUUCACAUUGAAAAGUAGGCAUGAUUUGUUGUCCUCAUACUGUAACCAUGACUGGAGGAUUCUUGACCAAAUAAAUCAAGAGGGGAAGUAUGGAUAACAGGUUCUCCUACUACGGUAAGCAGGACUGGAGGAGUCAUGACAAAACAAAUCAACAGGAGGAGGUGAGUCCUAUUCCAAAAUAUUCAGGAAAGCUUCCUGAAUGACUUUGUACAAUUAACUUGGAAAAGGUGAGUAUUACUUUUGGGGUACAGACGACAUUUAUUUGAGUACCCUUGGAACAAUAACCAAGAGACUUCUAUUUCUAUUCCUGCAGAAGGAAUAAUAGGUUCUACUCAAAUGAUAAACAUGACGGGAGGAUUUGUGACUGAAUAAAUCAAUAGCAGAGCAUGAGUUUUAUUCUGUAAUACUCAGGAAAGCUUCCUGAACGAUUUUGUAAAAUUCACAUUGAAAAGUAGGCAUGAUGUCUUCUACUCAUACUGUAAUCAUGACUGGAGGAUUUGUGACCAAGUAAAUCAAAAGGAGAAGUACGGAUUACAGAUUCUCCUACUACAGUAAGCAGGACUGGAGGAUUCGUGACCAAGGAAAUCAACAGGGGAAGAAGGAAUAAUAGGUACUAUUCAAAUGGUAAACAUGACGGGAGGAUUGAUAUCUGAGUGAAUCAACAGCAGAACUAGGCAUGAUGUCUUCUCCUCAUACUGUAAUCAUGAACGGAGGAUUCGUGACUAAGUAAAUCAACUGGAGAAGUAUGGAUAACAGGUCCUUCUACUAUGGUAAGCAUGACUGGAAGAUGCGUCACCAAGUAAAUCAACAGGAGAAGGUGAGUUCUAUUCUAUAAUACUCAUGAAAGGUGCCUGAAUGAGUUUGUACAAUUCACGAGGAAAAGGUUAGUAUGACUCCUGGAGCACGGAUGACAGUUGAUCGAGUGACUUUGGGCUAAUAAGAAAGAGAUUUUUAUUUCAAUUCCUACAGGAGUCAUGAUUUGUUGUACUCCUACUGUAAUCAGGACUGGAGCAUUCGUGCCCAAAUAUAUUAACAGGAGAAAGUGAGUUCUAUUCUAGAUUACUCAUGAAAGCUGCCUGAAUGACUUUGUAUAAUUCACAUUGAAAGGGUGAGUAUUAUUCCUAGGGUACAGAUGAUAUUUGGUUGAGUACCCUUGGUCCAAUAACCAAGAAACUUCUAUUUCUAUUCCUGCAGAAGGAAUAAUAGGUUCUACACAAAUGGUAAACAUGACGGGAGGAUUCAUGACCGAGUAAAUCAACAGCAGAAUGUAAGUUUUAUUCUUUAAUACUCAGGAAAGCUUCCUGAAUGACUUUGUACAAUUCACAUUGAAAAGGUGAGUAUUAUUCCUGGGGUCCGGAUGACAGUUGAUUGAGUACCUUUGGACCCAUAACCAAGAGAUUUUUAUUUCUAUUCCUCCAGUAGGCAUGAUGUGUUCUCCUCAUACUGUAACUAUGACUGGAGGAUUUGUGACCAAGUAAAUCAGAAGUAGAAGUAUGGAUAACAUGUUCUUCUACUACGGUAAGCAGGACUGGAGGAUUCAUGACCAAGGGGAAGGUGAGUUUUAUUCUGUAAUACUCAGGAAACCUGCCUGAGUGACUUUGUACAAUGAUGAGGGAAAGGUGAGUUUUACUCCUGGGGAUGGGUGAUAGUUGGUUGAGUGAUGUUGAGCCAUUAAACAACAGAUUUUUAUUUCUACUCCUACAGUAUGAGUAACAGGUUCUCCUACUACAAUAAGCAUGACUGAAAGAUCCCUGACCAAGUAAAUCAACAGGAGAAGUAUGGAUAACAGGUUCUCCUACUAUGGUAAGCAUGACUGGAAGAUGAGUGACCAAGUAAUGAACAGGAGAAGGUGAGUUCUAUUCUAGAAUACUCAUGAAAGCUGCUUGAAUGAGUUUGUACAAUUCACCAAGAAAAGGUGAGUAUGACUCCUGGAGUACGGACAUAGCAGAACGUGAGAUUUAUUCUGUAAUACUCAGGAAAGAUUCCUGAAUGACUUUGUACCAGAGAAGGUGAUUUGUUCUGUUCUGUUCUGUUCUGUUCUAGAAUACUCAUGAAAGCUGCCUGAAUGAGUUUGUAAAUUCACCAGGAAAAGGAGGCAUGACAUGUUUCACUCCUACUGUAACCAGGGCUGGGGGAUUCGUGACCAACAGGAGAAGGAGAGUUCUAUUCUAGAAUACUCAUGAAAGCUGCCUGAAUGACUUUGUACAAUUCACCAGGAAAAGUAUGGAUAACAGAUUCUCCUGCUAUGGUAAGCAGGACUGGAGGAUGUGGGACCAAGUAAAUGAACAGGAGAAAGUGAAUUCUAUUCUAGACUACUCAAGAAAGCUGCAUGAAUGAGUUUAUACAAUUCACCAGGAAAAGUAUGGAUAACAGGUUCUCCUACUAUGGUAAGCAGGACUGGAGAAUUUGUGACCAAGCAAAUCAAAAGGAGAAGGUCAGUUCUAUUCCAGAAUACUCAUGAAAGCUGCCUGAAUGACUUUGUACAAUUCACCAAGAAAAGGUGAGUAUUACUUUUGGGUAACAGUCGACAUUUGGUUGAGUACUCUUAGCCCAAUAACCAAGAGACUUCUAUUUCUAUUCCUGCAGAAGAAAUAAUAGGUUCUACUCAAAUGUUAAAAAAUGACGGGAGGAUUUGUGACCGAGUAAAUAAACAGCAGAACUUGAAUUUUAUUCUGUAAUACUCAGGAAAGCAUCGUAAAUUACUUUGAACAAUUCAUAUUGAAAACGCAUGAUGUAUUCUGCUCAUACAGUGACCAUGACUGGAGGAUUCGUGAACAAGUAAAUCCACAGUAAAAGGAGGCAUGACAUGAUCUACUCCUACUGUAACCAGGACUGGAGGAUUCGUGACCAAGUAAAUCAAUAGGGGAAGCUGAGUUCUGUUCUAGAAUACUCAUGAAAGCUGCCUGAAUGACUUUGUACAAUUCACCAGGAAAAGAAGGAAUAAUAAGUUCUACUCAAAUGGUAAACAUGAUGGUAGGAUUCGUGACCGAGUAAAUCAACAGCAGAACGUGAGUUUUAUUCGGUAAUAGUCUGGAAUCCUGCCUGAAUGACUUUGUACAAUCAUGAGGAAAAGGUGAGUUUUACUCCUGGGGAUGGGUGAUAGUUGGUUGAGUGAUGUUGAGCCAUUAAACAACAGAUUUUUAUUUCUACGCCUGCAGUAUGGAUAACAGGUUCUCCUACUAUGGUAAGCAUGACUGGGGGAUUCGUGACCAAGAAAAUCAACCGGAGAAGGUGAGUUCUGUUCUAGAAUUCUCAUGAAAGCUGCCUGAAUGAGUUUGUACAAUUCACCAGGAAAAGGUGAGUAUCACUCCUGGGGUACGGACAACAGUUGAUCGAGUGACUUUGGGCAAAUAACAAAGAGAUUUUUAUUUCUAUUCCUACAGGAGGCAUGACGUGUUCUACUUCUACUGUAACCAGGACUGGAGCAUUCAUGACCAAGUAAAUCAACAGGGGAAGUAUGGAUAAUAGGUUCUCCUACUAUGGUAAACAGGAUUGGAGGAUUCGUGACUAAGUAAAUCAACAGGAGAAGGCAUGGUGUGUUCUACUUCUACUGUAACCAUGACUGAAGGAUUCGUGACUGAGUAAAUUAACAGGAGAAGGUGAAUUUUAUUGUAUAAUACUCAGGAAAACUGCCUGAAUGACUUUGUACAAUUCACUAGGAGAAAUUUGCACAACAGGUUUUACUCGUACGGUCAGCUUGACUGGUGGAUUCAUGACCAAGUAAAUCAAUUAGAUAACUUGAAUUCUUUUCCACAAUAAUGAGGAAAGCUGUCUGAAUGACUUUGUACAAAUCACAAGAAAAAGGAAUGAUGGGUUCUACACCUAUGGUAUCCAUGACUACACAAUUUGUGAAUGAGUAUAUCUACCCGAGUACAAGAGUUCUCUUCUUCAAUACUCAGGAAAGCUGCCUGAAUGACUUUGUAGAUGUCACAAGGAAAAACAAGCAUUAUGAGUUCUACACCUACGGUAACCAUGACUUGAGGAUUCAUGACCAAGUAAAUCAACAGGAGAAGUAAUCAUGAUGAGUUCUAUACCUAUGGUCCGUGUGACUGGAGGAUACAUGACUGAAUAAAUCAAUAGGAGAAGGCAUUUUGAGUUAUACUGUAAUGCGCAGUACAGGUAUCUGGUUCACUUUGAGCUCCAUGAUCAGGCAUUGUGAAUUCUACUUCUGCCAUAAGCAGGACUGGUGGCAGAUGCAUUUUGCUAUGUGUGUGGACAAUUUAUCAAGACAAGAGCGAAAAAGUACUCUGUGAAAGUGUCAGUUAAGAUGUACAAGAUCUACAAAGCAUACUUCAGCAUACCUGUUGGGGAUGAAGACAAGUCCUGGCCACGUCAUUUCACAUGGUAACACUAUAACAAAACCCUUGAAGGCUGGUACAAGGGAGAAAAGAGAGACAUGAAGUUUGCUAUCCCAAGAAUUUGGCGGGAACUGACUGACAACGCAAGCAAUGGCUACUUCUGCAUGGUGGACCCUUCCAAAUGUUGAAAUGACAAGAGCCUGCCUCCUAUCAUAUAUCCAAACAUUCCUUCAUCCAUCGACUGAGUACCACACUGCCUUGAGCUCCCCAUUCCCACCCUCCAAAGAGGGAUCAGCCAUAUUCAGGAGAGAGAAACAAGUCAGACAUUGAGACAGAUAUUGCAGAUACAGAUGUGGCUGAGGAGAGAAAGCCAUACUUCUCCAACCAGAAAGACCUCAACAAUCUGAUGGGAGACCUUGGUUUUAUCAAGUCCUGUGCUGAACGUCUGACAUCUAGGUUGAAGGAGUGGAACUUGUUGGAGGAAAGUGUGCAAGUCACAGAUCAGAGAAAACGUCAGCAACAUUUUUCCAACUUCUUCAAUCAGCAAGAUGGUGUUCUGGCCCACCAGCAGCCAACGGACCUGACAGCAAAAUCAGAGAGUGAGGAAAUUGGGGAGGAACAUGGGCCAGUCCUGGAGUCUGGGGAAGGCUCUGAUGAGGGCUCUGUGUUGGAGGCAGAAAGGAGGCCAGGGCCAGGGCCAGAUGCCAGUUAUCAUCUGCCUUCAGAGUCAGACAUCAGUGAGGCAGAUGAACAGCUGGAGCCUGUUCCCAGUGUGCUCAUGAGCAGAGUUGCCAGAUGAAGAGAACAGCUAAAGAACAAGGAUCGACUUGGGAGUAAGGCCACAGGUGGACGAUGAUUGGCCCCUCCCAGAAAGAAUAAAAGAGGAGUGAAAGGGGAGUGGAGUUUGCAGAAGACAAUUAGUUCACCUAAUUUGUUUGUGACUCUCCGAGACUCUUUGCCAAGUUUUGAAGUUAUCGGCCUGGCAGCUCUCCAAGCCAGAUAAGGUCUGUGACUGUAAAUUCUCCCUUGAAACACUUUGCUGAAGGUGAAUGAGAGGAAUUCACUGUUUGCUUAAUAAAAGGGGUUUUGUGGGGACCCGGAUUCUGCUUCGUGCUUUUUGGGGAAGCCUAGUCCAGAACAGAUGGGCUGUGCUUCUGCAACAAUGUGGCCAGUAUAUUCGAGGCUAUAGGAAUAAUUGUUAAGCAAGUGAAUGAUGCCUAUUCAUAGACAAUUCAUCCAGGAGCCUCAAAGCCAUGUUGCUGCAUAAUGGGAACAAGAACCUAUCUCUCCCUAUGGCUCACUCUGUGCACCCCAAAGAGGACUAUACCAGUGUCAAAAUGUUGCUGAGUGCCUUGAAAUAUGAUGACUAUGAGCAGGAGGUCAUUGGAAACUUCAGAAUGGUUUCAUUCCUGAUGAGUCUCCAAGGCUGUUUCAUAAAGUUUCCUUCUUUUCUUUGCCUCUGGGACAGUCAGGACACUAAGGUGCACUAUCACACAAGGGACUGGCCUUAGCAGACUGAGUUCUCCAUAGGGAAGAGCAGCAUAAAGUGGGAACUGCUUAGUAAACCCUCGGAAGGUGCUGAUGCCAUCACUGCACAUCAAGUUAGGCCUCAUCAAACAAUUUGUCAUAGCUCUAGCCAAGGAGUCAGCAGCUUCCAAGAACCUCCAAGAUCUCUUUCCACAGCUGUCAGAGGUGAAGGCUAAAACUGGUAUCUCUGUCGGACCACAGAUAAAGAAGACGGUAAAGUACGAUGAAUUUGCCAAGUAGCUAAACAGGAUGGAGAAAGCUCCUUGGAACAGUUUUGUUGCAGUGGUUCGCAGCUUUCUGGGCCAUCACAAGGCUGAAAAAACUAUGAACAGCUAGUUCAAACUCUCAUAAAGAACUAUGCCAACAUGGGAUGUAGAAUGUCCCUCAAAGUCCUUGAUACUCAUCUUGACAAAUUCAAGAAGAACAUGGGUGCUUACUCAGAGGAGCAAGGCAAGAGCUUUUAUCAGGAUGUACUGGACUUUGAAUGUCGUUACCAAGGACAAUAUAACAAAAACAUGAUGGGGGAUUACUUUUGGGGGCUUCUUCGAGAAAGCAAUUUGCAGUGUAGCCUCAAAUCUAGAAAAUCUACUUGUUUCUGAAUCCUUUUGAUUGGUUUUGACAGUCUUUGUUUAUUUGCUAUGCAAAUAUAUAUAUUGUUCUUUAACUGCUUAAAAAGAUUUUUUAAAAAUGCCUGUUUUGUGUCUAUAAAUACAAAACUUGUGUAGGCUGUGGUCACAAUCAAAGUUUGUUUUUGCAUAGGCUUUAGACAUAAGCAGUUGAAACAUAACACUUAGAAGCAGGAACAAAAAUUACGUAAUGAAUCCAUGUUAUUUUGUAACUCUGGGAUCUGUAUGAUGAAAAUCAGUUCUUCUGCAUAGGAAGAGACAUGUUUUUGUUUUUUUUACUCUCCAGAUGUUGUAUCAGUUUCACUAAUUAAAUCAUACCAAUUCCUGGUGUGUGUAUGUGCUAGAAUCUUAAUUACACAACUCUACCUUUCUCCUAGAGUAAUGAUGGAUUUCCCCCCCCCCCAGGAAUGUUACAUUUUUGACACGUUUAUUGUUCAUUGUCAUUGUUCUUUUCAAAUUUCUGCAUUUCUGUAUGUUACAAAUUGUUGUGUAUACUUAAUGUCCCCAAAGGGAAAGAUGUGAAUCACUUAUCUAAUAAACUCAUUGAGUUUUAAACCAA